GUAACAUAUUCAUUUAACAUAUUAUUCCUGUUUUUCUCUGAUAAAAUCACAUGCAAUUAUACUGAUGCUCACAUCUGCUGAGAAAUAUAGUUUCCUGUCGCUCGUGAAAGUGGUCAUUAGUUGCUCCCUUUGAGGAACUUUGGAGGGUAAGGACUCCAAAGGACAUCUAUCUCUUACAACACAAACGGGAGAAGCUGGCAAUAAAUCAAGUGCACCAAUACGUUUGUUGACGUCACGUGCUGCUGCUUUCACCGCGGGUUUUGAUGGUUGACUGCUUACCUGGAACAUUGCUCAGCUACAGACAUUGAGAGAUGCCACCAAAGACGAGGUCCAGAGUGAGUAAAAGAACAGCAGAUUCAGGCAAAGUCAAUGAUGACGCUGACGAAAUGGUUGGAGGCAAGAAGAAAGCUGCAGCUUCUGUUGAGCCGUUAAAAACUAAAGAGAGCUCAGAACCUCCGCAGUACUGUCGCUGGCUGAUGAAAUCUGAGCCCGAGAGCCGCUUUGAGAAGGAGAUUGACCUGAAGUUUGGGAUCGAGGAACUGAAGGCUUUGCCUGAUCAGACUGGCUGCUGGGACGGAGUGCGCAAUUAUCAGGCACGCAACUUUAUGAGGCAGAUGAAAGACGGGCAGUUGGCUUUCUUUUAUCACAGCAACUGCAAGGAGCCGGGGAUAGCAGGAAUCAUGAAAAUUGUAAAGGAAGCUUAUGUGGACCACACUCAGUUUGACAAGAAAGAUAUCCAUUUUGAUGCUAACAGUAAAGCAGACAACCCCAAAUGGAGCAUGGUAGACGUCCAAUAUCAAAGAAUGGUAAAGCGUUAUAUUCCUCUGUCUGAGCUGAAGAAGUACCACCUGCAGCACCGAGCCAAAGGUGGGCCUCUGAAGGACAUGGGACUUUUCACCAGAGCCAGGCUCUCUGUGCAGCCCCUAACCACUGAGGAGUUUGAGUUUAUCCUGACUUUGGAGGAUAAGGAGCCUUUGUGAGGAUUUGAACCAGAUGAUGUGAGGAUGCAGUGAAAUCAUGAAGCAGCAUAAACAUACAUCUCUUUUGUUCUGAAGUAAUAAAUGUGUUGUCAAAUGAUGGCUAUUAUCCAGAUUGUACCUAUACCUCUGGGUGAUACUUGCUUAGACACAGCAUACAAAGCCUUAGAAUUGAUAGAAAACAACUGCAGUAUAUAAGCUUGUAAUGUUUUUUAGGGUUGCCCUUUGCUCACAGAAGGGGUCCGAGCCUUCUUUUAUUGCCAUUAUUCAAUUUGUGUAUAGAAGCAACGUUUUAUUUCACAGUCUGCACUAUGGUCCAUCAUUUUGCACCCUGUCUGUUAAGGUUUAUCAUGUCGCCAACACUUAAAUUCCUGGAAAACAA